AUGGCUGCGUUUAGUAAAUGGAAAGCCAUCGACGAGAACAGUAAACCAAUGGCUAGUCAGCAAAAUACUGCAUACGAAGCGUUAGUUACUAAAUUAGCUACUGCUCAAAAGGACUUACUUGCUUUCAAGGAAAGAGAUGGUAUAAGGAAUGUGCUGAAUAGCUUUAAUGCGGAUGAUAUCUGCGACCAAGCUGCUUCUCAACUACUCAAGACAGAAAAAGACUUAGAAGCUUGCUAUAAGCGUAUCGAACAGUUGGAGGCAGAAGUUGAAAGUCAGAGGACUUUAAGAAGAAUUGAUAACAGAGAUCUUAAAGAGAGAACAGUUCAUCUGGAGACGAAGUCUCCAAGUAAUACUAGUAGUACCGAGUACGAUGCUUUGCGUGAGCCUUGGCGAAGUAUUAGGGAGCGGCUAGCAAUCUUGGAAAGGGAAAAGGUCGAGUGGUUAGAAGAAAAAGAAAGCUAUGAAGGAAUAAAAGAAAAGAAGCACUUGCAGGGCUACUAUGAUCCAUUAACAACCAAAAUUAUACACUUCCGCAACAACCCUGCUUUUUUAGCUGCUGAAAAUCGAAAACUGGUAUUACAACAGCUACGACGCGAAUGUGACCGUUUGAAAGAAAUCAUUCUGGGGUCUGAAUCUUCGAACCCUUCUAACUUAAAAAUUUUACAGAAAGAGAUACGAGAGUUACGUGAACAACUAGCUAAUGCAGAAAAAUUUAAUCAGCGCUUAAAAGAGAUAGUUAGAGAAAAGAUAAAAGUAUUUCGUGAAGCGUGCUAUAUCUUGACUGGCUAUAGAAUUGAUGAUAUAGGCGAAAAUAGAUACAAAUUACAAUCUAUUUAUGCGGAACAUCCUGGCGAUUACCUCAUUUUUAGUAUUGCAACUGGAGGGAAAGUUAAUCUGCUAGAAACAGAUUUUUUGAAUACUAUCGCUGACUUGCUAGACAAAUAUGUUUCUGCCUAUAACGCUAUUCCAGCACUAUUAAGUGCUGUUACUAUGCAGCUAUUUAAUUUACAAACUAUACAGUUGACAUCAUCUGAUGCGUUGUAA